AUCGAGCAUUAGCAUUAGCCUACAAGAUUACUAGCCAACCAACUAUUAACUUCUGUUUGCUUAGCAUCAAAAUAUCUGGCUUUUUAAAGCCGUUGGUUUGGUUACUCAGCAUAGCUGCCUCUAGCUUGCAAAUUUAUAAGAAAUAGAAAAACUUAAACAAGUUCACUUUAAGUGACAGUAAGGGACGGUGAUUAGCAAAUAUGGUCAAGGCUUAUGCCACUGGAAACGGGCGUCAAGUCAGCAAGUCAUUUCAUGUUGGGUAGAGGGUUUGCGUCAGCGCCCUCAAGUGUGCUCCUGAGAUGUCUAAGACGGCUGGAUGGCUGCCUGCUGAUUCCCAGUAAGCUGCUGUAGACAAGCUCAUCAACGGAAGUCCUUAAAUAGAUAUGGAUGAUGAUAAUGAGGGCUGAUGAAAAGAAGAGUGGAGCCAGGCUACUUCAUGUCUCAACACAAGAGAGGAGUUCUGGCUUCCCGACAUCACCUGCUGGCAAGUUGGCAAGCACAAAAUAACAAGACUGUAUAAUUAACACAUAAACACACACAUGCUUGAGUUUUGUUCACUUUGCCAAAAAUGCCUUCAAAAUAAUACCGUCUCAGGGACUGCAUUCUAGUGUAAACUUUGGCAUUGGUUUUAGAUUUUUUUUAACUUGAAAUACCUGUGAACUUAAUGCUUUAUUAAAAAGUCAUUAAUGGCAGCUUUGCAUCAGUGAUGUUAUGUUGACUGUGAAUACACAUCCUUGUGUAACAAGCUUACGUAUGUUUUACUACUCACUGAAGUAAAUGAGACAUGGCUCUGUCUAUCAGUGCUGGAGUCCUGUUACACAGCAUGUAAUUACCAUCAUUGAGAGGGUUACAGGGUUUUCCCCAGAGGAGUUGUUAAGCCUGGCAGCCAAGAAUCUUUUUUUGAUGAGGGCCUGGCACAGUCCAGCGACAGACUGAUGGCGGCAGUAAGUCCCCACCAGCCAGUGAUGAUUUUGAACUGAUGAAACCUCGUCUGCACAACAUCCUCAACUCUGCAGUACAGGGGAGCUUUUCAUUUUGACCUGAUGUUGUGCUAACCUGGAUGAACAACAUGAAUCUGACAACCAAGUCACACUUCAGCUUAAAGGCAGGGGGCUCGACUGGCCCCAGAGAAAGACAAGCAAUGGAAGAGAGGGGAAAAAAAAGAGGAGAACAGAACGAGUGGGAUGCAUCAGAGGAGAAGCUGCUGCCAGGAGGAAGUGACAGCGUCACGGCACGAGUGUCGCCAUUCAAGGAGUCCCCCCUCCCACGGGAGCUGUUGGAGCGGCUCUCCCGCAGCGACAUCCGCAGCAUCAGCGACCUCCAGCGGCUGCUAGAGAUAGACUCCGUAGAGAACGAGGUGAUCGUAGAGACCAAACACAGCUACCACAAGGACUUCUCUCACAGCUUCCCCGACCUGAAGAGAGCACACACACACACCAGACACAGGAGGAGCACUGUGGUGGAAGAGGCCUUGCCAGCGGUGUGUAAGGUGCGGACAACGAUCUAUGAGAUCCCCAGGAGCCAGGUGGACCCCACCUCGGCCAACUUCAUCAUCUGGCCGCCGUGCGUCGAGGUGAAACGCUGCACUGGCUGCUGCAACACCAGCAACAUGAGGUGCCAGGCAGCCCGCAAGCACCACCGCAUGGUCAAGGUGGCGAAGGUGGAGUACGUGCGGCGGCGGCCCAAGCUGAAGGAGGUGCAGGUGAGGCUGGAGGAUCACCUGGAGUGCAUGUGCACUAGCAAACGCCACAUCAGCCCAAACUCAGACACGGAUAAUGGCAUCAGGUGAGGAGAGGUAGAUAGAUGAAGGAGUGGAGGAGAGAACAAAGACGACGGCCUGAAGCAGAAAACAAGGAGAUCUUCGCAGCAAGUGACUGUGACAGGUUUGAUGGAAUAUAUUUUGACUGGUGAACCUUUGGGAGGCUUAAUGGAGAAUAACUGACUCAUGUGAGCCUCAACUGUACCUUGAGUGAAAAACAACACAAGCAACAAAACUGUCAAUACACAGAAAUGAACCACAAACAGGCAGAAGGUUUGCUCGCUGUGAUUCCUCGAUGGAGAAAAGAAGCGAUUAGAUGCAGAACUCUGGCAGAAGUGAGGUGGAUUCUGGGAUACUGGAGGGACUUCUUAUCUGUGUCUCGUUCCUUCUCCAGAGUAUAAACCGCUCAACGACUCGGAUUAUAAACAGGGUGGAAUCCUUUCUAGAAACAGUGACUGGGAUUAGGUUUUGUACUCCAAGAUUUACUCUUCCUCCGCAAAACACACACACACACACACACACACACACACACACACACACACACACACACACACACAUGCACAUACAGCAUAUCAUCUUAUUUUUAUAACCUCUCAUUUUCUAUUGCUGUCUGUUUCUAUUUAGGUAUGUUAUCCACAUAAAGAGUGGAGGGACAAUGAUCCUCCCGACAUGUUACUGAUACUAAUAAACUAUUUAUAUGAAAACAAAGUGGGAGUGUUGUUCGCACAAAACAGGAAGGAUUUAAGAUUUCAUUUAAAACAGAAAGAGGAACUGAACAGGCUUCUGUGUGUGUUUGUAUGUGUGUGUGUGAGAGAGAGAGAGAGAGAUUAUCUGGAGGAUCAUAAUACUGAAGCUAAAACCCCUGUGAAUUUGUAACUCAAAGUAACACACACACACACAUAAAACCUGAGAGUGAUAUACACGGACACGCUGUUAACGCGGUGGAAUAACUGACGGCUAACAGGUGAUUUUUCGCUCUUGUUGCAGACUUACUGUUGUUAUUCCAAACUCGGGUCAAGGAAAUGACAAUGGUCUCAGUGAAUAGGAAGGUAAAUGUUUUCAGAGGUGAAAUCAGUCGCUCAUUUAGUGUCCACUUUCAUUAAUGUUUGAAUGUGAGUUCUCUCUGUUACGUGCGUAUGGACGUCCAUGUACUGAUGUAAAACGGACCAGAGCUGGUGAAGCAUAAAUAUUUCCUCUCGUUCUCUCAGGGGAUCUUAUUGAUUCAAACUGAUGUGAUCUUGACAACAAAUUUAACUGGAGUGACAGAUGACCAAAAAUCCAACCAGUUCAGAAAGAAUGCAACCACAUUCACACUGAUGUAUUUAAGCAUUUUCAGAGCUAAAAAUAAGUGAUUCCUAUGUUCCCUAGGUCUAGAUAGCACAUAAUGGGAACCUGAAAAAGAUGUUACCCAGUUCUGUAUUUGCUUAAUAUUUUUCAGUUCCUCAGCACUGCCACAUGGCUCUAAAUUGCCCGUAGAUGUGGAUAAGCAGUACAGCUCAUGGAUGGAUGGCUUAGGGUUAUGGGGUCAGGGUUGUUGGGUUGUAUUGACGCAUUGUUCCAAUAAAAUCUGAAAUAUUUUAACCUGAAACUGGUCUGAUUUGUCCCAAACACAGCAGGAGGGUUAAUGUCUGUUAACAGAGUAUGGAACUAGGAAACAUAGGACCAUGGGAACAUAGGACCCCUGGACUGUAGGUGCAGAGUCUUCCACUGUACAAUCAUUUAAUUUUCUUCUGUAAACAACUAAAAAAAACUCACUCAGUUCUGGAAAGGUAAAUUAAUUAAAUUAAAGAAAGCUGAACUGGGAAUCAGUGGAAAUACCUUACCUCCCAGUGGCUGUAAAAAAAAACCUUUAAGGCUGAACACAACUAAUUGUGUCUUUGUGUUCUGCUCAACUUAACUAUGUGUAAUAAUCUGUUUUUAGUUAAGGAUAGAAAUUGCAGUGCAUUAUUGGCUUAAUGAGCAUUAAUGAUUAUAUGCUCUUUAUCUGAACUAAAACAUCAGCUGCACUUUACGUUUCAUUUCAGUGUUGUGUGAUGCUUUGCACAGAGCUACGAGUGCAUGUAAUAUCUACUGCACAGUACAUACCAGAGCAACAGAUGCAGAUAAUAUGAGCAUGGAGAUUUGUUCUUGCGAAACAUGAGUGUAUCUCACAGCCUUGUUCAGCAAAUGGCAUUUUCUUAGGUGUCAUUACCAUUCAGAAGAUUCAUCUUAAGCUUGUGCUCCAGUUCUAAAAUGUUUAGACCAGAACAAUGACUGCUUUAUUUCAUUCUGCAAUAGUAAAAUAGGUUUUAUGUAACAACUACUCUGGUUUGGGAAAAGCAGCCAAUUAGUAAACAGCAAAAUAAAGAGAAGACUGUAGAGUUUGUUUCUUUUGGUGGUGAA